AUGAAAUCAAGAAAUUUGUAUUCAAAUUUUACAGUUUGUAAUGAUAUUAUAUCAGCUGUUGGUAACAACGAGGUAAUACAGAUAAAAUAUAAUCAUAAAUCAAUUCAUAAUGCAUCUUCUCUCAAUAAAUUUAUCGGAUUAUACACAAAAGGUUAUGGUCAAUCAAUAUUUUUCCCACAAAAUUCUGGAGAAAUUACAGAAGUAUCCGAAGGCGUUGCAAAUGUUCUAUUUUACCUACCAAUUGUUGGAGAUUAUCAAGCAGAACUUGUUUGCGCACCACCUGCCGAAAGAGCACGUGUCAAAAGUGAUUUAACAAUCAAGAAGAGUUUCCAGGUUGAACUUUCCACACAAACAUUUACAGAUAAAUCAGAAUAUUCAAGGAUUCUUUGCCAUGGCACAAAUUUUUCAAAUCGAUGGUGCGAAGUCAAGAACUUAGUUUACUUUGAUGAUAAUUUCUUCUUUUUGUCCCCAGCAAUUUUCUGUUUCCCAGAACCUUUCAUUGUUCCAGGCCCCAGAGCUCCGCCGUUCGACAAAAUUAACGAUAGACUUGUUUCAGAGCCAAUUGUAAUACAGUUCAAGAAAUCAAACGCUCCCAGACAAUUAAAUGUUCAAAAUAAGAAAUCUUACAUAUAUGGAACGUAUCACAACUACUAUAUGCUAUGGCAUACAGUAUUUGACUUCAUUUUACCGUUCCACAGGUUCGUAAACUUCGAAAAUAUGACAGAAUCAAAUUCAGAACGACAAAUCUUCGUAAAAAGCGAUGGUGUGUGGCUAUUUUUUGCUCUGAUGAAUUGUAUAUCAACAUCUCCUAUUACAAUCAUCGGAAAUGUUAACAAAGCGCUUUUAUUCCCAGAUGCAGUUAUUGGAAUCCACAAAUGGGAGAAGGACAUGGACCCAGCCCGUACUUACGACGAUUCUAUUGCAUUUCAAUAUGAUUUUGACAACAAUAGUGCACCAAAUUUCAGAAAAUGCAUUUUAGAUGGUAUGAGACUGAAAAAAGACGUAAUGGGAAGGAAAGGGAAACCACUUGUAGUUAUUAUAGACAGAAAGAAGACCUCUAGGAACAUAGGAAACCAAAAAGAAAUUGAAGACCAUGUAAAACAAACUUGUCACUUUUGUGAAGUUGAAAGUGUAAAUUUAGAAGAUGUUACAGUUCAAUACCAAGUUGAAUUGAUAUCCAGAGCUAAUGUUCUUAUCGGGCUACAUGGCUCAGGCCUUACAAACUGCAUGUGGAUGAUGCCUUACAACAAGAAAACUCCGACGCAUCUUAUUGAGUUCCUUCCUUACAGAUACCACUGCAGGCCAUGGUAUGAGACUGCCGCAAACGUAUCCAGAGUCAAAUAUCACUCAGUUAUGAACAAAAAGUCAGAAUUAGAUCCGGGUGACCACAAAAAAUGCUGGACAGUCCCUAAUUUAUGUGCAACAUUGUUCUGCCAUGACUGGCUGAGAGACCAGAAGUUUUCUGUUGAAAUUGACACAUUUGAUGAAAAAUGGCUUCCAAUUGUUGAAGAAUUGAAGUCUUUCAAACCUGAAAACAUAUCUAAUUAA